UUGUUAUUUUUCGAAGGACUGAGGAAGCAGAAGAGGAGGUGGACGAUAUUGUGCUGUGAAUUGAGGCUGGAUUUCUAUUUUCUGAAUUGAUUGAGCUGAACGAGUGCUGUACCAUGCGUGAUGAAGACCUGCUGUUAAUGUUGGCCCUUGGCUCAGAGGAAAAGUCACCGCCGCCAGCUCGUCGGAUAUGGGUGCGAGAGUCCCUGGCCUCCCGCACCAGCAGGGGAGAAUAUGCUCAACUGCUCAGAGAGUCAAGGAACAGGCCAGAGGAGUUUUACCGUGCUUAUCGCAUGACUCCAGAACGUUUUGAUGAGCUUGUUGAACAUGUCGCGCCUCUCAUCCAGAGAACAGACACUAACUUCCGAGCUGCGAUACCAGAGGCUGAACGGCUGGCCGUGACCAUUAGGUAUCUGGCAUCUGGCAUGAGUCAGCUAGAUGUCGCUCGCUACUUCAGAGUUGGGGUAUCGACAACAAGCGGCAUCAUACCAGAAGUGUGUUCUGCCCUGUGGGAGACAUUGGCUCCUCUUGAGAUGCCGGUGCCUAACACGAAGAAGUGGAUGGACAUCGCAGAGGAGUUUGAAGAGCGCUGGAACUUCCCUCAUUGUCUGGGUGCUGUGGAUGGAAAACACGUACAGAUCGAGUGCCCGAAGCUCAGUGGCUCACUGUACCGGAACUACAAGGCUACCUUCAGCAGCGUUCUCAUGGCAGUAUCUGAUGCCAAUUACUGCUUCACUUACAUUGAUGUGGGGGCGUACGGUCGCGAAAACGACGCCAGCAUUUUCUCGAACUCGGCCUUCGGUCAGCGGCUGGCGCGGGAGGAGCUGCAUCUCCCCACUGCUCGUGAAGGAGAGCUGGAGUAUGUGUUUGUAGGAGACGAAGCGUUCCAGCUCCAGCAUCGCGUGCUGAGGCCGUACCCUGGCUCAAGACUGGGAGGCGCCGAGGAUGACUACCACAGGCGGCUGGUCUACAACUACCGUUUGUGUCGGGCCCGUCGCAUCGUCGAGAACACGUUUGGCAUUCUUGUAACGAAGUGGCGAAUUCUGAGGCAGCCAAUUAAGGCUAAAAUUGAAACCGUCGAUGCGGUAGUAAAGGCAGCCUGUGUGCUGCAUAACUAUCUGCGACGCAGGGACGGCACAUCCAGCGAUCGGCGGUACAUCGGGGACGGGGACGUGGACUGCGAGGACAGCGGUCACCUGACGCGCGGUGCUUGGCGCCAUGAUGACAGUGAUAGCUGCUUCCGCAACAUCGGCCGCCUGGGCGCAAACAACUCCACGAGGAGGGCUGCGGAGCUUCGAGAGCGGUAUGCCACGUACUUUGUGUCUCCCGAGGGCAGUGUUCCGUGGCAAAAUGCAGUCGUGCGCCGCGGGAGACUCGUUUAGGCCACUGUCACAGCAGCCACAGCCACAUGUCUGGUGCUUUGUAUUCGCCGCUUGUGUCUGGUGAUAUUUGAGGAAAGUUGAAGUGGCUGUAGCAUUUGAGAUGCCGUCACAAUUUUUUGCCGCUUUCCUAUAUGGAGCAUUUCUGACGUCUCUGAGCAUGAAACUCAACGAUAAGUGACGCAUUGUGACGAUAUCAUCGGAGACGUAAAACCCUCCCCCCCCCCCCCCCCCCACCCUCCGCGGCCGGCGAGUGGCGCGGAGGCUCAGCGGCCGCCGGGUGAAAUAAAAGUUCGUCGUACCAUCUUCAUUUGUGCCAGCGAUGUUGUUCUUCGACUUUCGAGCCGCCGCUUAAUAAAACAUUUUGCCAUA